GGCCAUGGAAGAGGUGGAGCGGCUCCUGGAUGGGAUCCGGACGGCGGCGCGGCAACAGGGCCCAGGCUGGGCGAAGAUGCAUCUGGGCCCCCUGUUAGCAGCGGCAGAUGGCGGCGGCGGUCGCCCGGCGCGGGCCAGGAGGCCACCACGGCGCUUGAGCCCGGGCGCGGGGCCCGUGACUCCUUCCCUUGGCGAUCCGGCGGCUGGGGAGGAAGGCCGCGGCAGGCCUGGAGGCCGCGCGGUCGAGGCAUCGCCUCCCGGCGGCCGGCCAGGGCCUCGGCAGGCCGGCUCCCGACGGGCUGCGGCCCUGGCAUCAGACGGCGCGCCCCCUGGACGGGUUGGGGCGGCGCCGGGCCCGGCGGACGCACCGGUGAUGCGGCGGCCCUGCCGGGAAUCGAGCAGGCGGGCCGGGCGAGUUGUACAGGAGGUGGGAGCGGCGGACGGUGGAGAGCGGGCCAGGAAGGCGCGGACCAGGCCCAGAACGGAGCAG